ACGAAACCCCAGAAAGCCGUUGGAGAAAAUCGCUCUCCCAGCGUCGUGAAUCUUAUCCGCUGUUUUCACUCGUGAAAAACGUUGCGAUUUUCAGUGAAACCUGUACUACAUUCACGUUAACAUAAACAAAGUGAACGUUUCGUUUGAGCAUGUCGAGUCCAACGAGACUGAGCAAAAGUCCUGUGGGAAUUAGAGAAGGAACCAGAGUGAUUUUGAGGGAAAUCACAGCAUCUCUGCACAAUUCGGCACCUACUAUGUCUCCAGGAAAAAAGACUAUCAUCAAUGACUCCUCGAAGCUGCCGGAGCACGAGGUCAAUGUAAAGUUUACUCGUGAAUUUGCCGACGCAGUAACAUACACUCCCGAGACACCCACCAUCUCGUCAGCGAGUAGUUGCCAGAGUCUCGCGUCCACAGUCUCCUCCAUCCUCACGAGUCCGGCCUGUGCAGACAUUUCCUACUCGAAUCCCGAGGUAUCCAGCAUCGACGAUCUCGUCUCAGCCUGUGCAGGUAUUCGCCUCGAGGACACACUCACCGAGGACCAAUCUAUCGCAGACGCAUCAUUUUCCUCAGCCUCAGACGAGCCAAUCCUCAACGGAACCGUCGAUCUACCCAACGAUGCGGCCCAUACCGACCUCAACGGAACAAGUUCUCAAGAUCUCUCCGGACGUUUCUCACCACUGAAUCCCACCGAACAACCGACCACCCACGAAGCCCCACCAGAAGCCAACCCAAACGUGACAAUAACAGUUCCAAAUGACCACGUGAACCCUGAAGAAUCCACAACAUCGUAUCAAUUGACGCCCGAGGUACUUUCACCAGAACCUAAAGAUCAAAAUACUCCCGACCUAAAUCAAACAGUCGCCGUAUCAUCGAUUGCUGAUUCGACCUAUCAGGAGAUCAAGGUCAAUGACGCCACUUUUAAUUCUGACGGGCCGUCUCUUCCGACUCUUCCAAGUAUUGCCCUGAAGUCUAGCGGGGAAUUCCAAGAAUCCUUUCCCGAGCAGGAUCCAACAAGAAGUGUCUCGCCUCAACCGCAAUCAGAUGAACUUAAUCGAGAGGUCGAACCAAAUGUGUCAGAACCCAAACAGGAAACCUCAACGUCUCUGAAGAUACCUGAUACCUCUGGCAACGGCAUCUCCGUCGCUGAGCCGACCUUCGUUGAGAGUCAAAAAGCAUUAGAGAGCUCUAACGAGUCUCCAUCCCUUGUUCCAACAGAGCAGUCGACAGAAGUCCUCCUAGCCUCGACCCAGGAGACAAUCGAAGCUUCAGGUCCAUCCCAAGAGGCCAAAGACUCCUCCAGAGUCUCAGAGGCACCUCUCGAGGACACAUCGGACCCCGAGGAGCUUGAAAAAACAAUAACGUUUCAAGACACCGAUAUCCUAGACGUCCCAGAGUCCGAACAGUACGAGGCCUUCAAACCCAAGCGGCAGAGCACUGAGACUCACCCCCGAGCCACAUCCCCAAUUCCCACCCCCUCAGACUACGUGAACUUCCAACCAAAGCGUCAGAGCACAGGUCUCAACUGCCUAUCACCCUCGAACGAAUUCCAGUCCUCAGAAACCGAAGAUAAACAGCAUCCAACAGCACACACUGACAACGACCAGAACUCAACGAGCCAUAAACCUGAGGAGCCAUCAGGGGACUUCGAGCAGCUUCGCCUGGAGGCUGAGACAAUCGCCCACGAGAUAAUUAAUGCCUCCCUCAGGCUCUCAGAGGCUAACGACAAUCCUGCGUCAGCAAAUUCCAACGAAUUAUUCAAGGAUCCAUCGACCUUCGAUUUCUUCGAAUCCCAGACAUCAGCAACAUCAUCGGUUAACAGACUGAGAGAAUCAUUGUUCAUAAAGUUUGAUCCCCUGGUUUCGAAUGUGAGUAUGUUGCCACAGGGGAAUACAGCUAGUCCACCCCACGACGAGAGAAACGGGGACAAAAAUUCAGAAGCUCUUGCCAAUAUCACAACCCCGAAGAGGAAUCCUGCUAUUGCUGCUAUCGAUAGACUUUUGUUCUACAGUCCAAUGCCGGCUGCAGCUAUUCAGAAGCACCAGGAGGUGGUAGAGAAGAUCGAGGUUGUGGAGAAGACACCUGAACCAGUGCCAGUCGUUGACUCAGCGAUGGCGAAGGAGUUGGAGUUGGUGAGGUCCACCGUUCUUCAGCUCGAGGAGCAGUUGGAGAAGGAGAAGGUUGAAAAAGAGAGGGAGAGGAAAGAAGCGGAGAAACAGAGGGAGUCGUUCAAUGAGACUGUUAAUCAACUGCAGAAGCAGUUGACGCAGGAAAUUAAGAAUAAGAAUCAGAUUAAUGUCGUUGUCGAUGAGUAUGAAAAGUCGAUAAGUCGGCUGGUGGCUGAGAGGGAACGGGAUAAGAAGAGUUUGGAUGGUGAGAAGGGGGCACUGAUGGCGGAAUUGCAGGAGACCAAGGAUCACCUCAUGGCUAGUGAGGCGGCUUUCAAUGAUGUUCAUGCCAAGUAUGAGAGGCUGAAGAUCGUUGUGAAUACGCUGAAGAAUAAUGAGAGCGCACUGAAGGAGAGCGUUGCGGAAAAUGUUGAGAUUAUUAAGGCGUUGGAGAACAGAUAUGAACAGAUCAAGAGUCAUGCUGCCGCACGACUUGAAAAGGCAAAUCAAGAUCUGGACGCAAUUCGCAAACAGCACGAAUCAGAAAUGGUAAAACUACGAGCAAUGCUGAGGAAGGAGGAGCUAAAGAGCAACUCUCUGACUGAAAUAGUAGAACAGAAGACGAAAGAGAUCAAAGAGCUCACACAAAUCUUGGAUGAGGUUAUUGCCAGAGUUGGUGGUAAAUCCGACGAAUGAGACAAAUGGUCCACCUAAUGCAAACAAUUUGUUCAUAUUUUCUCACGACUUUCGAAUUUUCUUAUUUAUUUUCUUUUAUUUCAGUUUAUAUCCUUUUAUACCAUUUCUUAAAUUUCAUCUCUGUGCUCUUACAAACGUUUUCUUUGAUUUACACCUGUUCAUCUGUUUUCCUAAUUUCAUUAGUGAAGCAGAUAUUCAGUGGUAUAUCCAAGUAGAACUUCAUUAUUUCAAUGAGUUAUCCAUGGAAUUAUCUCAGGAACAAGUCAAUUCAAGGGCGAAAUUUCAAAAGUCUUUAUUACCUAGAAUUAUUGGUUCCUGUGAUAAUUACGUAAUUACCACGUCAACUGAGAUUUUCUUAAAAAUAAUCGUCGCAUGUUCUUAAACGAGAGGGAGAGAGAGAGAAAGAGAGAUGAAAAUACUAACGUGUAAACACUUCGAAAAUGCACUAAAAUGUUGCAACUUUGUGUACUGUAAAUCGAUCCUUUUAUAUUUUCUACUAACUCGUUACUUUGGACGAGGAGAUAACUCGUUAAUAAUUACAAAUGUAAGAUGAAGAGUCCCAUUCCUGAGAGUGUACAUUAAAUUUUUGCUUUGUUUGAGAAGUAUAAACAAAGCUUAAGUAGAAUAUAAAAAUUUCCACAAUUUAUUCCUCUCCGAAGUGACGUCUCAUUUGUUUAUAAGUUGCAAAGGAUAAGUGAUAGAACUAUAAUUGCUAUAUUAUCGCUGAUAAGAAGCCUUAAGUCAUUUCUCCACAGAUGCAAAGAGAAGUGAAUGGAGAAAAACUCGAAUUUUUAUUAGUAGCGACGAGAAACAGAUGGUUAACUGAAAAUAAAAUGUAACAAGGAAACAUUAAUGAUUAUAAACAAUUUUAUAUUAUUUUUUCCAAAGUAGCGUCUUUUCAUUGUUUAUUUAUAAGUUGGAAAAUAUACUAUUUUAUUGCUAAUAAAAAUAGCCUUAAAUAAUAUAAUCCA